AUGUUUUCGAUGUGGAAAAACUGGACACAUUGCAAGAUUUUGCUCCUUGAAACAGGGAAACGCAAGUGGGAAACCUCCAGCGCCAGCUGUUUCCCUCGACAACUAACGGCGCUUCCGAUAUGCAGUGUGCAUGUGAACACAUAUGCAGGAAAAGCACUGGUUGAUAGUGGAUGUACUCGAACCAUCAUUUCAAACAAAAUGGCUCAAAAAGAAGGUGUUUGUGUCAAAAGAAACGAAUUCAUGUUACUGGCUGUAAAUGGAGAACUUGUGAAAACAGUGGGAGAAGCUAUAGUGACAUUGAUGGUUGCAGGAAAACAACUACAAGCAUCCGUAAUGGUUUUAAAAAAUGUUGUUUACGGUAUUGAUGCUGUUAUUGGUAUGGAUAUUAUUAAUCGUUGUGGAGGAGUGCACCUAUACGAUGGAAGAAUUGAAUUUGGUUUUGUUUCAAUUCACACAGAAAAACAAUUUGUUGAUAUAAAGGACAAGGACUUUGACGCUAAUUUUGAUGGCAUGAAAUGGACUGCUAAAUAUAAAUGGAAACAAGAUGAACCACAACUGAAGAACUUUGUCAUGCAGUACAAAGUAAAACCCAAGUUGAUACAUCAAUUUAACGAAGAGAUGGACUUAUGGGUGGAAAAUGGUUGGCUGAAACCAUGUAAAACAGAUGAAAAUAAUAAUAAAGGGAUUGUUUCUUUAAUAUCAGUUGAACAAGAAAAUAAAGGGAAGAUACGACCUGUCUUGGAUUUUCGCGAGUUGAACCAAUACGUUAAUUCACAUAACGCUUCAAGUGAUGCCUGCGAUGAAACAUUGAGGAGAUGGAGAAAAGUUGGUGAAAAAUUUGCAUUGCUUGAUCUCAGAUGCGCCUACAUGCAAAUACACAUUGAUCCGGUUUUGUGGAAGUAUCAGAGGGUAGUCUACAAAGAGAUGCAAUACCAUCUUAAACGACUCGGAUUUGGGUUAAAUUCUGCACCAAAGAUUAUGUCGUCAAUCUUAGGCAAAGAGCUAGGUCUUGAUGCAGGUAUUGAUGAAGCAACUGACCAUUAUAUCGACGACAUAAUCGUUGAUUUGAAAAAGACAUCGGUUGAAAAUGUCGUAAACCACUUGGAACGGUAUGGUUUGUUAACAAAAGAGCCGGAAGAAUAUGAUGGUGCCCGAGUUUUGGGUUUGCAAAUAUUCAGAAACGAUAAAAAAGUGCUUUGUUGGAAACGCGGCAAUAUCAUUCCAAAGUCAGAAGACAUCGAAAAUGAAAAAAUUACACGUCGGAGAUUGUUUUCAAUAUGUGGUCACUUGAUUGGAAACUAUCCAAUUGGAAACUGGCUCAGAAUUGCCUGCAGCUUUACAAAACGUUAUAGCCAAGGAGAUGCUUGGGAUGACCUAAUAGGAGAUCAAGCACAGUCAUGGUUGGUCGAAAUAUUGCGCCGUUUGGAAGCUAGUGAUCCUGUAAAUGGGACAUGGAAUGCUGAUGGUAUUCAAAAUGGAGCAAUAUUGUGGUGUGACGCUAGUAGUAUUGCAAUCGGUGUUGCAAUCGAAUAUAACGGCGUAAUAGUUGAGGAUGCAGCAUGGCUACGAAGUACAAAUGAUGUCAUGCAUAUUAAUAUGGCUGAAUUAGAUGCUGUGGUGCGUGGAAUAAACCUAGCUGUUAAGUGGGACAUCAAGAACCUAUCGAUAUUUAUUGACUCGGUAACUGUUAAUGGAUGGUUAAAAAGUGUGCUGACUGAAAGUCAUAGGGUUCGGUCAAAUGGACUAUCAGAAAUGCUAAUCAAACGAAGACUUUCAUUAUUGCGUGAUUUAAUAAAUAAAUACAGUAUGAACAUCAUAGUGAAGUGGGUUCCGUCUUCUAAAAAUAAAGCAGAUGUAUUAACAAGAAUACAUUUAACAUUUCAUUUAACCACGUUUCAAAAAAGCGGUUAA